AUGGCGAGCAGGAAAAGGAGAAGUGACAGCGAGGCAAAAGUUGAAGCCAAAAGACGCUUUGAUUUCUUGAUCAAUUCCCGUAGAUCUGAAUGUCUCUCAGAGAACAGUAAACUGGCCUUGCAGGAUGCUGUCUUCCAGUUGAUAGCUCACCAUCAAGACGUGGAUGGACUAUUGGCUGAGUGUGAUGAUCAUGGCAGAGCCCAGACUGGCCAUAAGGAAAAAGGAGCCCUGCCUGAUAGUGUUGAUGAAAAUCUGUCUUCUCGGAAUGAUCCAUCCUCCAUGACAGUUUUCAGUUUGACUAGUUUAAUCAGGGACAAGUCUAGGAUUCUGAACUCACCUGUAUCUGUUGUUGCUCCUAACGUCUGUGCUGGGAAGCUGACAGACAUGGUGGGGAAGAGGCGAGUUUUUAAGACAGGAAAUGAGACAGCCAAGCGUACCCCUGGGGGACUGACAUCAACUGAUAAGAAGCAGUGUCUAAUAAUAGUGAAGACAGCUGAAGAAUUUGUGAGGAAGGACAGUUUUAAUCAGCUGCAUUUUACAAAGCUUAUAUGUAAAGAGGAUUACCUGCCCUUGUUUGUGACCUGGCAGCUGCACAGCUCCGGAGUGAUGCCCUUGGAUAUGUUCCUAGUAGAGUACGGAUACAGUAAACUCUUGGCAACAGUCUGUUCAAACCUGCGUCUGAUAGGAGAUUUUCAGCUUCCUAGUUUCAAAGGAUUUAGUGAAAGUAAUGAAGAUAGCUCAGGUGUGAGAAAGAUAAGUGUUGCUGUACUGGAACUAUGGCUCUCAGAUAUUGUGGAUUCUGUCACUCAUCCAAUCACAGAAGCACCUGACAGCAAGAAACCAGGGAUGGAAACACCAGUUCAGAUCCAGACUGAGGUCAGCGAGACUAACCACAGCUUUAUCAACCUUCUGAUGUCAUCAAAACAACUCUGCCAAAGCACUUUGAAGAGAUUUUCUACCCACCUUAUUUACCAUUUGGUGAAACAAGGAUCUGACUUGAAAGUAUCAGAGGCUAUACAGAAUCAACACCAGUGGACGUAUGCAAAGUCCACCAGAAUUCUUAACAUCUCUUAUAAAACAGAUUUGUUAAAAGAGCUUCUGGGAAGGGCUAUGGAGAACUGUGAGACUCUUCAGCUGACCGGUGUUUUCCUGUUGGCAAGACAGGCCUGCCUGGAGGGACCUCAUAUUUUCCCACCAUACAGGAACUGGUUCUCUAUCACAUUUGGAGACUCCAAAUCUCCAGCGAACAACAGGAAGACAUUCUUGUUCUUGAUGAAGUUUUUAUCUGAUAUUGUUCCAUUUGAGACGUCUCAACAUUUGAAGGUGCACAUUCUGAAGCCACCGUUUGUACCCUCCAAGUGUAGAGAGGUUCUAUCAGAUUACCUGACGCUGGCUAGAACUAGGCUAGCUGACCUCAAGGACCCUAUUGACUCCGGAGGUGUGGGGGAUACAGCAGCACCUGGGACCAGCUCUGACAAGGCACAGAAACUGGAAAAUGAGAUAGAGAAGGCUUUGGCGGUGUUUGACAGUUCAGGGAAAAUCCCCCCCUCUAUCAUUGAAGCCAGCAUCUUCAGAAAACCAUACUAUCUGGGAAGAUUUCUUCCUGUGUUGCUCCAGCCCAGACCUCUACCAGAUAUUCCUGAUAGACGAAUGAAGCUCAUAGAGGAAUUAAAAAGGGCUGAGAAACUCCCCGUUUCGAUGUACACCAGCUAUGUGAAGGCCUGUGAAAAAGAGAAAUCUCAACUUCUGGAAGGGCUGUACAUAGAUGAUGAUGACUCCAUGGAGGACGCUCUCUUACAGCCCAUGGAUCAGCUGAAAUACAAACUUAACCAGCUGCUGGAGACUCUGAGCCAGUCCAAAGGGGAGAGCACCCAAACAGGCUGGAAAGACAUGCUUUCCCAUGUCUCAGAGAAGCUGGAUGUUGUGUUAGCCAUCCAGGGGAAAGAGGCAGGGGAGGUUGCUCAGACAUGCAGUUUUCUCUUUUCUAACUGUCCACAGCUCACCCACAGCAAUUUACAGGUAGUAGACGCCCUGCUGAACACAGUCUGCAGGAUGGUUGUCCAGGGUGGUAAACACCUCACAGUGCUGGCUGAUAGCUUGCUAGCCCUAGUGAAGAUGCUGUCCCACCACCCUACCAUCUACCCAGCCCUAGUGGUAAGGGUGUACAAGCUGAUUACAGAACAGGGCCUUAGAUUGGAAUCUCAUCAUAUUUUUGGGAUUACUGCCUUAUUAGUUUGUCUAGGAGCCACCUCAGACCUGUGGCCACCGAUCAGUGUGUAUGACAAAAACAUGUCAGCUCAUGAUCUUGUUCAGCACCUGAGUGGUCAGUUGUAUCACCACACUAGCCAAUGGAUGAUGUUUUCUCUGAGGUUCUGUACAUCAUACCUGCGACAUAGCUUCUGCCUGUUCUCAGCCACUAGUGUUGUAUGGGGAAGUGAUACCUGUGCCUUUGUCCCAAAGUUCUGUACAUCAUACCUGCGACAUAGCUUCUGCCUGUUCUCAACCACUAGUGUUGUAGGGGGAAGUGAUACCUGUGCCUUUGUCCCUAAGUCUCUAGUGCGAAAGUUCACCUACCUGAACAGCCGACUGUUUCCAGACAUUGAACAUGAGCGUUGGGGUUCAGGAGAGAUGUUACUUAGUGGGUGGGAGGUUGACCACCCACAUCUGCUGUCCAUGGAUGUAUCUCAGUCUAUAUUCAGGUCCAAAGUGUUCCAGGACCUGCUCACACAUUGUCAGUUGAGCUUUGUGGAUUGGAUCAGAUUGGAGCUGAAUGCUGCUGCAGCUUCAGAUUGUUUGUCCGAAACAGACAGGUAUAACUAUUAUCUCCACAUGACACACGAUGUAUAUAUUCCUCGGGAAGUCUCUGAAGGAGGAUGUGGUCAGUCGUACGCUGAGGCCUGCUUCCAUCUGCUCACAAGUAUUGUACACAACAGCAGUUGUGGUGUGAGAAAUCUUACUGCAUGCCCCCAAUGUCUGCGUGAGGAUUUGAAAGGCUUCUCAGGGCACAGCAACAGGGAAGCAAUGCUGAGGCUGUUACAGAAUUUGAGCAUGUUCUUGGUAAACAAAGAUUGUCAGGGAGAGCAGACAGUUGACGGAGAUGGUAGCAGCACUGUUACAUUACCAUGGUUACUACAGGCCAUGCGCAGACUGACCAAUGAGAUCAAAGAGGGUGAAGGACAGGAUCUGCAAAUUUUGCUACAAGACUUCUUUAGCAUAGCACUAAGCCUUACUCCCAGCCUCUUCUUCACCAACAACUUGUCUGAGGUGUGUGAAGGUCACCUCCAGGGGGCAGGACAUGUCAUCAACACCAUCCUGAAGGACCACAUGACAGAAGGAUGCUGUUUGCCGUUCCAUCUCAUUGCCUAUCUGCUUCAGGGGCUGUGUGCUGUGUCGGGCUGUGCGACCGUCAGAUUUCACGUCUUGAGGCUGUUAGACAGAUGUCCAACCCUGGUAUCUUCCUUACUAUUCCACUGGAAGCGCCUUGGUCACAUCACCCAGCUGUUCCUGGAGAGCUGUCAGGCAGGCACUCAGACGACAGUGGUACGCGCUCGAACAUGGGCCAUCGGCUGCUUUGAAGGGAUUGUGUCAGGGAUCAGUGGUCAGCCAGAGUGGCUGUGCGGAACAGCUCUUGUCGCCAUGGCAUUAGAAAGACAGUGUCAGCCUCAGGGUCGUAUCAUACACCAGAUCCUGCAGAUUUGUCCUCAGGUGCUGUCUCCCCUUGCUGAGUGCCUAACUCACUGUCUCACCUGGUCACAUUUGUUCGCAAACAAGGCACAGGCCAGACGGAGAUUAGACCAGUGUUUGCUGGAAGACACUUUGUUACAAGUCGUUGCUGUUCAGCCAGUUAUAAUCAGUUAUAUAUGUUCAGACGAAAGGGAAUCCUUCCUAACAAAAAAUCUGAUUGGUCCAGGGUUGAACAAGCUCAAGUCAGCAACGUUACUCAAGCUGAUGACAAAAUUAGAAAAAAAGAAAAUGGCUGAAAUAUUUGAAAGAUUCAGCGAGGCUGUGGCAUCAUCUCUGUUACGUCUCCAUGUUUCUGUAGGACAGCUCUAUGACAGCAUGGAACCAUCUCCUAGGAGUGACACCUCAGAGAUCUACCUGCCCAUCAAUUUGAAGGAUACGCAUCUCCUGCGGUCACACCUUAUGCAUGCCCUGGAACACUUGACUGUGGCUGAUUUAGCAAAACUGGACCAGGCACUGAUCCAAACAUGUGACCCAGUUAUCAGGGCUGUCAUCAGCAGGAGACAAGCCCAGAGAUGAGAAGUGGAUUAUAGAGACAAGCAGGGAUGAGCAAUGAAUCACAGGGAUGAGCAAUGAAUCACAGAGGCCAACAGUGAAUUACAGGGAUGAGCAAUGAAUCACAGACAAGCAGCGAAACACAGGGAUGAGCAAUGAAUCACAGAGACAAGCAGUGAUUCACAGAGAUGAGCAAUGAAUCACAGAGGCCAACAGUGAAUCACAGGGAUGAGCAAUAAAUCACAGAGGUGAACAGUGAAUCACAGGGAUGAGCAAUAAAUCACAGGGAUGAGCAAUGAAUCACAGAGGUGAACAGUGAAUCACAGGGGUGAGCAAUAAAUCACAGGGAUGAGCAAUGAAUCACAGAGAAGAGGAGUGAAUCACAGAGAUGAGCAAUGAAUCACAGGGAUGAGCAAUGAACAGAGAAGAGGAGUGAAUCACAGAGACAAGCAGUGAAUCACAGGUAUGAGCAUUGAAUCACAGGGAUGUGCAAUAAAUCACAGGGAUGUGCAAUAAAUCACAGGGAUGAGCAGUGAAUCACAGGGAUGAGCAAUAAAUCACAGAAGAGUACUGAAUCACAGGGAUGAGAAAUGAAUCACAGAGAAGAGGAGUGAAUCACAGAAAUGAGCAAUGAAUCACAGGGAUGAACAAUGAAUCACAGCGAUGAGCAGUAAAUCACCAGGAUGAGCAAUGAAUUACAGACGUGAACAGUGAAUCACAGUGAUGAGCAAUGAAUAACAGGGAUAAGCAAUGAAUCAGAGAAAAGCAGUGAAUCACAGGGAUGAGCAAUGAAUCACAGGGAUGAGCAAUAAAUCACAGAGAAGAGCAAUGAAUCACAGGGAUGUGCAUUGAAUCACAGGGAUGUGCAAUGAAUCAGAGACAAGCAGUGAAUCACAGGGAUGAGCAAUGAAUCAGAGACAAGCAGUGAAUCGCAGGUAUGAGCAAUAAAUCACAGAGACAAGCAGUGAAUCACAGGGAUGAGCAAUGAAUCACAGGGAUGAGCAAUAAAUCGCAGAGAAGAGCUGUGAAUCACAGAGAAGAGCUGUGAAUCACAGUGAUGAGCAGUGAAUCACGGAGGUGAACAGUGAAUCAGAUAGAUGAGCAAUCUAUCUGAGAUGAGCAAUAAAUCACAGAAAUGAGUAGUGAAUCAUAGAAUUGAGCAAUGAAUCAGAUGGGUGAGAGGUCAGCAGUGAGUUAGCCAUGGAGAUGAGCAGUGAAUCACAGAAGUGAGCAAUGAAUCACAAGGGCAAACAGUGAAUCAUAGAAGCAAACAGUGAAUCACACAGGCGAACAAUGAAUCACAGAGGUGAGCUGUAAAUCAUAGGGGUGAAUGGUGAAUCGCAGCGGUGAGGAGUGAAUCACAGAGAUGAGCAGUGGCUUACAGGGGUGAAUGGUGAACCAUAGAGGCGUGCUGCGAAUCACAGGGGUGAAUAGUGAAUCAUAGGAGUGAGCAGUGAAUCACAGAGGUAAGCAGCUGUCUUGAGCUUAUGUGUUGUGACCGAAGUUACAACAGGUGUGUCACACCAAACUGACCAGCAUGUUUCCAAAGUUGAGAGAACAAAGAUUUUUGUAAUGGGGUGUUCUGUUUAUGUACAUGGACAGGCUCAAUAAAGCUUAGUUUGCCUAAAUACAUACAGUUUGUACAGUUUUUAGCAUUUUCAUGUGGUGGGAUAACUGUCUUGGACUGAGAUGUGUUGUAUUCAAAUGCUAAUAGGCAAAUGUUGUGUUCUGUUUGUAAGGCUGAUAGCUUUGACGGUAAGACCCUGUGUGAAAAUGACUAACCUGAUGUCUUAAUCAAAAAGAAAGGUCAGCAAAGAUGAAGGAGCUUUCUGUCAGA